GAACGUUCAAGCGUGGUACGUCGUACGCAACCAGCAGAGUUCAAAGUUUUUUGCCCCGGCAUCAUAUUUUUUAAUACAAAACAAAAAAAGAAAAUUAUAUACAAUGGCUGCAACAAUGCCAAUAAAUCCCAAACCAUUUCUAAAUGGUUUAACUGGAAAACCUGUUAUGGUAAAGUUAAAAUGGGGCCAUGAGUAUAAGGGUUAUCUUGUCUCUGUCGAUGGAUACAUGAAUCUACAGCUAGCUAACACAGAAGAACAUAUAGAUGGAAAUUGUACUGGCAAUCUUGGCGAAGUUUUAAUUAGGUGUAACAAUGUAAUGUACAUAAGGGGUGUGGAGGAAGAGGACGAGGAAGGAGAAAUGAAAGACUAAGUUACAUACUAUUUAACACUUAGGAUAUCUUUUACUUUUAAGUACAAAUAAAGUAAUUGAAAAUGAUAAUAAAGUAAUGUUUUCUAUAA